AGUUGACGUUCUGAAAUCAAACUGUUUUAAAAGAUGAUUAAGUCUCUUGUGCUUCUAUUGGUUUGUACUUUAGUUCAAUCGCAAACAAUUGGACCUGGAGUGCCUGAUAGCAGAUGCCCUCCUGGAACACCAAAUCCGCCACUUCAUUUAUCUCAUCCGUAUUUUUGUGACGUUUUCUUCACUUGCGUUGGUGGAUUAGCUUUUCCACAACGGUGCCCAUAUGGACAACAUUUUAGCGUGCAAAAAAGUAGAUGUGACUGGCCUGAAGUUGCAAAUUGUGGAGGAAGCUCUCCACCCGGAAUUUGUCCUCCUGGUGACCCAAGACCACCUGUUUUCCUCCCUCAUGAGUACGAUUGUGGACGAUUCUAUCAAUGUGUUUGGGGAGAACCAAUGGAAAUAAAUUGUCCACCUGGAAUGCAUUGGAAUAUAAUAGAUAGUGUGUGCGAUUGGCCAGAACGGGCAAAUUGUAAUUUAACUACUACACGAUAUUGGACAACAACCUCAAGACGUACUACAUCGACAAGAAGAAGAUCAGUUUAAAGAUCCAAAAAUGAUUUUCAUAAAAUAACUGAAGUAUUUAAAUAUCAAAUUUAAUGUACUCGAUCAUUUAAUAUUUUUGUAAAUAAAUCUUAUCAUAUUAUGAUUUUUUUACAAUAAUACUUAACAGAAAAUCA